CGUGCGGGAGCGGGCCGGCGUGGAGCGAGUGUUCCAGGAGGGCUGAGGCCGGGCCGCCGCGGAGAGCAGACCCGCUAGGCCUACGCCAUGCUGGGUACCCGGGGUGGGUGGCAGGCCCUCCGCCGCUGCGCCUCCCUGCCUCAGGUGGUGCGGCUGCGGGUCAGCGAGGCGCUGGGGGCCCAAGAGUCCAGUGGCGAGGUUAAAGUGCAGGGUUGGGUCCGCUCUGUCCGAUCCCAGAAGGAAGUUUUAUUCCUGCAUAUAAAUGAUGGGAGUUCUCUGGAACACCUCCAGGUGGUUGCUGAUCCCAGCCUGGAAAAUAGAGAUCUGACUUUUGGAAGUGCAGUGGAAGUGCGAGGGAAGCUGGUCAAAAGUCCUCAUCGGAGGCAGAACAUGGAGCUGCGCGCUGAAACCAUCCGUGUGGUGGGAGCCUGUGAUACUUGGACAUUCCCCUUGAAAAUGAAGGAGAGGCACCCCCUGGAGUACGUCCGACAGUUCCCUCACCUGCGAUGCAGGAGCAACACCCUCGCCUCCCUCUUGAGAAUCCGCAGUGAAGCCACAGCAGCCAUCCACUCCUUCUUCCAGGAUAAUGGCUACGUGCAUAUUCAUACCCCCAUCAUUACAUCAAAUGACUGUGAAGGUGCUGGGGAGCUCUUUCAAAUUGAGACCUCAAAAGAGGCAAAAGAAAAGACCCAGUUCUUCAAUGUGCCUGCCUUCCUGACAGUUUCUGGCCAGCUCCACUUGGAAGUGAUGGCAGGGGCUUUUACUCAUGUGUUUACCUUUGGGCCAACAUUCCGAGCGGAAGACUCACAGAGUCGCCGGCACCUGGCAGAGUUCUAUAUGGUGGAGGCUGAGCUGUCCUUCACUGAAAGCCUCCAAGACAUCAUGCAGGUUAUGGAAGAUCUUUUCAAGACAGUGACAAGUACUGUCCUCUCCAAAUGUCCUCGUGAUGUUGAGCUUUUUCAUAAAUACAUAGCUCCUGCUCAGAAGGACAGGUUGGAACAAAUUCUGAAGCACAAAUUUGUGACAAUUUCCUACAAUGAGGCAGUGGAAAUUUUGAAGCAAGCAUCUCAAACUUUCACUUUCAAGCCAGAGUGGGGCUGUGACCUCCAAACAGAGCAUGAAAAGUACCUGGUGAAGCAUUGCGGUGAGGUUCCCGUGUUUGUGAUUAACUACCCAUAUGACCUCAAACCUUUCUACAUGCGGGACAAUGAAGAUGGACCUCAGCACACAGUUGCAGCUGUUGAUCUCCUUGUACCAGGAGUAGGAGAGUUGUGUGGAGGCAGCCUGAGAGAGGAGCGACUGCCCUUCCUCGAGGCACGCUUGCAGAGGUUAGAAAUUGCAGAUGCCUACCAAUGGUAUCUAGACCUCCGAAAGUACGGCUCCGUUCCUCAUGGAGGCUUCGGAAUGGGGUUUGAACGCUACCUGCAGUACAUCCUGGGCGUUGCCAAUAUCAAAGAUGUUAUCCCUUUCCCCAGGUUUUCUCACUCCUGUCUCCUGUAGCUCAGCAGUCGACUCGCCCGGAGAAAACUGCUGCUGUGACUUUGUGCGUAUAACGCUCUCA